AUCUUGGCCCACGCCCUCUGCGGCGCCGGGCUCUUGGCGGGCACCGCGCCUUGGGCGCCGGAUGGCCGCCACCCUGCGCUUGCCGCCGCCGUCUUGGGAGAAGCGGGACGGGCGCUGGCGUGCCCGGUUCGGGGGCACCUCGCGGAGCUUCGCGGCCGCGCAGCACGGCUUCGAGGAGGCGCGGCGGCUGGCCGUGGCGUGGCAGCAGCUGCAGGCCCGCCUGGCCCUGCCCGCGCCGGGAGGCGGGGCUGGCUGGGCGGCGGCGCCCAUCGCCGAUGGCCCUGGCAGCCAGCCCGGCGCGGAGUCCGAGGAGGAGGAGGAGGAGGAAGAGGACGAGGA